UUUUUUGAACACCGGCAAUCUGUAUCUUCUUCUGGGCAGCCGCCCGCCACCGCGGGCGUUCGCGCAAAUACCUUACAGGCACAUAUCAUGGUCACUCAAUAACCACAGGGCGGGCCGGGGGGCCAGCCGCCGGUUGUCGGGCCGGGAUUACAUGACGUCGAGCAGCACCGUAGCGCAGGAAACCACGCACUACUCCCCGCCGAUCAGAACUGUCCGCCUGCCUUUACAUCUCGCUUGCCGCCGGGGUCCGUUGGGCAUUCCAAACGUUAGCAAGCAAAGAAAGCCGAGCGCGCCACCGGUGGGCAUGCCAGGGGACGACGAAAAUGUCGCACCCGAGGCCAGCCGUUCCGCGCCGCCAGAGGAGGAGCAGGAGCAGCAAGGAGAGCUGGACCGGAUCCAGUCAAAGGUUGCACUGUGGGACUCGGAGGAGCGACAAGCUCAGCCCGUCGAGACUGUAGCGAAGUUGCCAUUUGAAUAUUCAGACCACAUCCACGUCAUGGGGUUAGAUCUAGCUGGACGAUACAUCGCUCACACCUUGGCCGGCUGCCAGACCAUCCCGCCUGUCCGCUACAUGCUACACAGGGAGAAGCUUUACAAGAAAUGGUACGACGCGAACAGGCAGCUGACAUUGUACCGGGGCGACCUCCGCAUCACCCAGCACCGGGUCAUAGGAGAGUACGUAUCGGACGAGCAAGCCGAGACUCAAAGUGGAAUCUUUAUCCACAACCUGAUCGUGACUCUGCCGGCGGCCCAGGUCGUGCAAGCUUUCAGGCGCAUCAAGCAUCGGCUCGAUCAUCGAUCAACAAUCUGCCUGGUUAACGAUGGGUUGGGCGUCGCAGAGGAACUCAUCGAAGCCUAUUAUCCCAAUGAAUCCACGCGGCCCAUUUUCCUGCUAGGACAUUUCACGACGGCGCUCGACCAUACGUCCAGCAGAUUCUCCGUGGCCGAAGUCCGAGCCGGGAGGCUCUAUUUGUCGCUCUUGUCGCCCCAGAAAGUGGAGGGCACUCAGCGGUUCCGGAUCAAGCGCCAUCCGCCCUUGGAGCGGACAGCGAGAGCAACACACCUGAUCCGGCUCCUGACGGCCAUGCCAGGGCUCAACGCCACGGGUCACCCGAUGGCCGACUUUCUCCGGUACAAACUACCGACGGUCGCGUUCCGGAGCAUCGUGGACCCGCUGGCUGCUCUGUUCAACUGCCGAUACGACGCUCUCUCGCUUAACCCCUACGCCCGGUACCUGAUGGACCGGCUGAUCGGGGACCUGUCGCGCGUGCUGGUCCAGCUGCCCGAGUGUCGCCAGUCGCGGAGGUUCCGGCAGUUCGCCGCCACCAGCUCGCUGAGGGACGAGGUGUACCACAAGCUGAGGCUGCAGAGGGAGGCCGACAGCAGGAUGCGGGCGCAGACCGCGGCGGGGUGGGACACGGACGUCGACUUCCUGUCUGGCUACUUCGUGAGGCGAGGCCGGGAGACGAAGGCUGACGUCGCGGCGCUCGAGUCGGUCCUGGCGGCGGCCAAGGCAAAGCAAGUCAUGGUCUUGAAGGAACUGGCGGGCGACAUACCGUUUGAGACGUCGGGGUCGGUAGAAAGGGCCGUGUGAUAUUGCAUGGCCCACGGUUAGGCAGGACAGGCGGCGACUCUGCUCGUUCGGAAGAGAGAAUUUGUGUACACCACAUUUGUAAAUACCUGGGAUAGACACGGUGGUUGGCAUGUAGGGACUGUACAACACUCAAUCAUGUAUGAUAUGUACUUAGACCUUGGAAUCAUGAAUCGUAUGGCCUACUGCAGUAAUGUCCAGGCAAGGUUCGGCGGAAGUGUAGCUACAACCCCUGACGGGCACUUUUCCCUGCCGUGCCAUGUCUUUCUAGCUCAGCAACCACUCCUCCACCAAACCCUGUUUGUGUUGGCCACAGGUAAAGCUAGCGGCAUAAAUUGGGUUGAGCCAUGUUCGUUUAUAAGACUUGGAAAGAAAUAUCAUACUAGUAAAUCACAAAGUCCGUCUGAAAUGACGUGCAAGUCAGGGAGGGAA